UUUAAUUUCAUUGACCAUAGUGCUGAUAGUACCAUAUUACGUUUUUCAACUCGCAAGUAAUAUUGUGAGUUGCUGUUUGUCUUUUUAUUAUUUUUUACAUCCGAAUCUAAUCAUGUCCGCAAUUAAGUUUGGUAGCCACCUAAAAGAACUACGAUUGCACUUAUGUCAAUCAUCACCCUCAAGCAAAGGAGUCCGGCAGUUUGUAGAAAAAUACUAUACACCGUUGAAAAAAGCUAAUCCAAAGUUUCCCAUAUUAGUACGUGAGUGCAGCGGUAUUGAACCAAAAGUGUUUGCUAGAUUUGAAUUUGGACAAGAACGAAGCGAACAUCUAUCUGAUCAAUCAGCGGAAAACGUACUUAAAAAAAUAGAAGGAUUAGUAAAACAGUAGAAUUGUGGUAAAAAAAAAUAUAAUGUUAUUUUAAUAUUAUGUACAUAUUAUAAAAUAUAAUUUUAGUUGUUGUAGUCUACUGAGCAAUUUGAUAUUGAAUUAUUACUUAUUUUAAAUCAUUUAAAUUAGACCAAUAAUAAAGUUCUAAACUCUAAUAAACCCAGUUAUGGAUUA